CGGGCAAGGCCGUAGGGGUAAGGUGGGGAACUUGCCCCCGCGUCGGGGGUAGUGUGGCUGGGCGCGGGCUGAGCUGCCUCGCACCCCGUGCACCCGCCCGCGGCCGGGUUAGAGCCCGGAGAACCGGGCCCGGUACCAGCAGCCUGUCAGUGCAGUCCUCCUCCAAAGUCAGUAUGGGAUGCUGAGCAAGAGGUGCAGUUUCACAAGCUGAAAAGGUUGAAGAGCUCAGAUUGAUCUUCCCAGGAAUUGAGUGGAGUCAAGCUGCAGCUGUGAAGGUCCUGGUGGAGUUGCAAACACCUGAAACCUUUUGGUGUUUUCUCAAAGCCUCGAUGAUGCCGUCUAAUAAGUCUGUCUCGGAUGCUCCAAUCUUCCAGUUCACUAACUGCAGGAUUCUGAGGAGUCACCAGCUGCAAAGGGAGGAUCUGUGGGUGCGAGAGGGGAAGAUCCUCAACCCAGAGAAGCUGUUCUUUGAUGAGAAGGGAUCUGCUGAUAUUCAGCUGGAUUGUAAGGACAGCAUCAUCGCCCCUGGAUUCAUUGAUGUGCAGAUUAAUGGGGGCUUUGGGGUGGAUUUCUCCUUGGCCAUGGAUGACGUCCAAUCAGGGAUCUCUCUGGUGAGUCAGAAGAUUCUCUCCCAUGGCGUGACCUCCUUCUGCCCAACCCUGGUGACCUCCCCGCCAUCUGUCUAUCACAAGGUUCUUCCUCAGAUCAGCGUAAGAAAUGGAGGGCCUCAUGGAGCUGGUAUCCUGGGGGCCCAUCUGGAGGGGCCUUUCAUAAGCAAGGAGAAGAAGGGGGCGCACCCAGAGCACUACCUCAGCACCUUUGAGUCGGGAGCUUUCCAGGACCUGCUUGCCACCUACAGGCACCUGGACUGUGUCCAGAUCGUCACCCUGGCCCCUGAGAUGAAGAGGAGCAGUGAGGUGAUCCAGGAACUCACCAGACGGGGCAUCUGUGUCUCGCUGGGACAUUCUGUGGCUAAUCUGUCUCAGGCAGAGGAAGCUGUCCGGCAUGGUGCUACUUUUAUCACCCAUCUCUUCAAUGCCAUGUUACCUUUCCACCAUCGCGACCCUGGGAUCGUGGGGCUGCUGACGAGUGACCAGAUUCCUGCCAGGCGGAGGGUGUUCUAUGGCAUGAUAUCAGAUGGGAUCCACACUAACCCUGCGGCUCUGAGAAUUGCACAUCGAGCACACCCCAAAGGCCUGGUGCUGGUGACAGAUGCCAUUGCUGGAAUGGGGCUGGCCCCAGGGAGGCACACCCUGGGCCAGCAGGUGAUCGAGGUGGACGGGCUGAACACAUACAUUGCAGGGACGAAGACCCUAAGCGGCAGUGUAGCAACCAUGGAUUCCUGUGUUCGGCACUUCCUGGAAGCCACAGCCACACUGCAACUGCUCAUCCCUCUCCUGCAACCCCUCUGGGCCUUUCCCCGCAAGCACCAUCAAAGAGAUGCACUGUGGAGACAGCCUUGGAGGCAGCAUCCCUCCAUCCUGCCCAGCUCCUGGGAAUUGAGCACCGAAAGGGGACCCUGAACUAUGACAACGAUGCAGAUUUCCUGCUGCUGGACGACAGCUUACGGGUGCGAGCCACGUACAUCGCAGGUGAACGGGUCUGGAGUCAGGACACCUUCACUAUAUGAAACCAGAGACUCACCUGGGACUGGCAGCACUCCCACAACCCUGGUGCCAACUACCAGCUCCCCCAAACGCCAUGCUCAGUGGUCGCUGGCAGCCGCAUUGUCCCCUCCCUCUCAAAGAAUGCUUUUUUAAGACCUUGGUGUUUCUUCCUCCUGGGUCACCCUUGAAAGUACCAAAGAACUGAGUGUUCCAGAGAAGCUCUUGCUUUCAGUUGCCAGACCUGCCUGCAAUGAGUUUGUCAGCUCUCUGCUAGACAAGAGGUAAAAGAGUGGGUGGAGUUCUGCUGCUGGGAUCACUCUACGAUGGAGCCACCUGAAGGAUGAGGUGCCUGUCUGUCUCUGUUCUCUCUCUUGAGCCCUGCUGUAGAGGAAAGGGAAGCUGCUCCAUGUGCUGUUCUGUGUCGAUAUAUGCCCACAUAGGCCUAUGUGCAUAUCACAGCACACACACAACAUUAACUUCACUUCCCAGAAUAGGCCUCUGGCUGUGCCCUUUGUCUCUCACCAUAGGGCCUCCUAAUGCCAGAGUGUCGACUUCCCAAUGUUCAUCUGUCAUUUUCUAGAGAAAUCCCAGUGGCCUUGAAGCAGCUCUGCUGACAGCCUGCAAUCUGGCUGGCAGCCUGGGGAGGGGGCGAUGUCUCUACCUGGCACUGUCAGCCACGGGCCAUAAGUUCAUGUCACAUCUUUUAUGUCCUGUACCCUGAAGCAGAGUACUCACCACCUCGCUCAGGCCGUGGCAGCCCUAGUGUCUUGUAUUGCUCCCUGGGAUGAGACCCUAACCACCAACUUUCCUCCUGGGCUGAAUCCUCAGGGCUGUGUACAAACCCAUGAAAAGCAGGAGCUGCUGGUUCCUCAUGGUAUUUUGCUGCGUGGGCAGUGAUUUUGUCUGCUGGGUGCAUGGACUUCAUUCUGCAACAGAAAGCAAUGUUGUUCUUGAACUAUAUACACAUGCAAAGUGGGUCUUACAGGCUCUAGUAUAUAUUCCCAUCUGUAUUAAACUAAUAUGGUUGGAGAGCUUCCCGAGGACUCUGCACAGCUUGCUGGUCUGUUAGUUUCUGUGUGUCAGUGAUGAGGUGAGAUGCUUCUGCUGUAGAGAAUGUAUCCAAAAUGGCAGUGAUGUAACUGGAUUCCAUUCCAUCUUGAGGUGCGGGGUUCUCUCUGGGUUUAUAUCCUCAAUAGAAACACUGCAUGGGAUUAGAUGAUUGCUUAUCUACUCAUUCUCAUAAUUAUCUUCACUUGAUGUGUCAGCUUUCUGACUCUAUAGAAGGCUGAGAGAGUUUCCAUUCUAAUCCUGAUCUUGAUUCUGAAUUUACCACCAAGAAAAUGCGUCUGAAAUGCCCCCUCAUAGGUAGAGGAGACCAUGUCUGAGAUACUUCAGGUCAAUCAGACAAUGAUAGGACUUAAACUGUGGUGAAUCUUAGCAAGUUUGGCGUUCAUAAAGAAACCUUAAAUCUGGUAGGUUUCAGUUAGGUUUGAUCUUCCUUACGAUAUCUUUUUAUGUUCACUGGAAACAACAUCUGACUGAGCCCUCAUUGUAGUUGUAACCCCUGCUGGCAUCACUGGUCUCCUCAGAAUUUCUAACAUCUGCUGCCUAGAUGAGCAGAUACUCUGCCCUCCCAGACUGCAACAUUUGAAGAUGUCAAAUGUUGUGCUAGCAUGUGCAGCACUCUGGGGUUCCACAUCUCACCAGUGGCACUUCUGAUGGCCAUGGAGCCUCUGGAUAAAAAUGGAGGAAAUUUCAGGACAAAAAAACUUUGAUAGACCUUAAUUUUGAGAAUGUUUUACUUAUUUUUUAAUUGAAUAAAUGUUAUAGAUUUAAGUGCUCAAAA